AUGGCACCACCUCCCUCCCUCCCUCCCGCUCAUCCAUCUCUUCCCUCCUCAUCAGUCGUGUUUACUAUAGCUAAAUGAGAUGCUGGUAUAAGACCCUGAGUGUGCGCAGAUUGCGUCGUUAAAAGGUAAUGGAAACGGAGGAGGCAGUGGCAGGAAAACAAGCGAAUCAAAGGAGCGAGUCUGUGUUUCACCGUUCGCUGGAUUUAACGCUGCUGAGGAACCUCUCGGUGCAGAUGGAGAAGAAGAUGGAGCGUGGAUGCUGGUGCUAGGAGCAGAAAAGGAACACUUAUUUUGUAGAUAAUUAUAUUUAAACUAACCAGGAAAAGGCACGCGCUUGUAUCCAACAACGAUGGAUCCCCGCUGAGGCUCCUGCUUCUUCGAUCAUUUUGAUGACCUCUGCCCCUCAUGGCUCUCAUCCAUGAACCUCGUGCCCCCUCACCCUCCCUCUCUGGCUUCAACACACCCCUCUCCGACCCCCCAUCUUUUCGCCGCCUCGAUGCCGAAACACCCUGCACGCCGGAAAUGGACCUGACCCCGACCCAGUGUGUCCUCAGAAAUGUCCUCUCUUUAGAUACCGGGGGUGCCGUGGAGCCCGGGGGUGAUGGAGGAGGUGGAGGAGAGGGGAAAAGCACCAGACACAACCAGACGCCCAGCGAGGAACAACAGGAGCACUUUGCCAACAGUGUGCUGAAACUACAUGAGCACGAUGGAAGCAAUGAACACACGGAAGGAGAGGGGCAGGAGGCGGACAGCUCUGUGGUCAGGAGCCAGGCGGAUGAUGCCAGGUUACAGUGCCAGUCCACGGGAGGGGGAGGGGGGUUUCUAGAAGGGCUCUUUGGGUGCUUGCGGCCUGUCUGGACUAUGAUCGGCAAGGCCUACUCCACGGAGCACAAACACGGCCUGGACGAGGAGUGGGAGGUCCCCUUUGAGGAGAUAUCGGACCUGCAGUGGGUGGGUAGCGGAGCCCAGGGUGCUGUCUUCCUCGGCAAAUUGCACGGACAGGAAGUGGCUGUGAAAAAAGUGCGUAACAUCAAAGAGACAGACAUCAAGCACCUACGGAAGCUCAAACACCCCAACAUCAUCAUGUUUAGGGGGAUUUGUACCCAGGCUCCUUGUUACUGCAUCAUCAUGGAGUACUGUGCUCAGGGACAGCUGUAUGAGGUGCUGAGAGCAGGAAGGCAGAUCAUGCCGUCCCUACUCAUGGACUGGGCCAUGGGCAUCGCCGGGGGGAUGAACUAUCUUCACCUCCACAAGAUCAUCCACAGAGACCUCAAAUCACCAAACAUACUCAUCACCUACGACGAGGCGGUGAAGAUCUCAGAUUUUGGUACGUCCAAGGAGCUCAGUGACAAGAGCACUAAGAUGUCUUUUGCAGGGACCGUGGCCUGGAUGGCCCCCGAGGUCAUCCGCAACGAGCCAGUCUCGGAGAAGGUGGACAUCUGGUCAUUUGGCGUUGUGCUGUGGGAGAUGUUGACAGGGGAGGUGCCCUACAAGGAUGUCGACUCCUCAGCUAUCAUCUGGGGAGUGGGCAACAACAGCCUGCAGCUGCCAGUACCUGACAGCUGUCCAGACAGCUUCAAACUGCUCCUGAGGCAAUGCUGGAACUGCAAACCAAGGAAUAGACCCUCAUUUCGACAGAUACUUCUACAUCUCGACAUCGCCUCAGCAGAUAUUUUAUCAACCCCACAAGAAACUUACUUUCAGUCUCAGGCUGAGUGGAGAGAUGAGGUGAGACAUCACUUUGAGAAGAUCAAGUCCGAGGGGACGUGUCUUCACAGGCUGGAUGAGGAGCUGAUCAAGCGCCGUAGAGAAGAACUCAGACACGCUCUGGACAUCCGGGAGCACUAUGAGCGGAAACUGGAGAGAGCCAAUAACCUUUACAUGGAACUCAAUGCUAUCAUGCUACAACUGGAGAUCAAAGAAAAGGAACUUCUCAAGAGGGAGCAGUCACUUGACAAGAAGCAUCCAAGCUGCUUCAAGCACAGCUCCAGACAGUCGCCCUCCUCCAUCUCGAUGGAGAAACUCAUGAAGAAACGUAACGUACCUCAGAAACUGCCCUCACACAACAAGAGACCAGACCUAUUGAAAUCAGAGGUCAUCCUCCCCAAACUGGACUCAUCCAUGACGCAAGUCACCAUCCCCACCAAGGGCUCUACGUCCCCAGGGCGCUCCCGCCGAGGAAAACCCCGCUACAGGAAGGCUGGCAAAGGCAGUAGCGGUGACUUAGCUCAGCUUAAAGCCACUCUGUCCUCAUCAUUGGCAAUGAUCAACGCCACCUCAUCCAUUCCGAGCAGUAAGCACUGUUUGGACCCCAGCGUGGCGCUCAGAGGCCUGCAGCAUGACUUGCUGGAAAAAAAGAUGUCCUCCUCCAGUCCAGACCUCAUCUCAACCACCUUAGAGGCUGAAGGGCGGAGAAAAGGGCAGGCCAGGCCGGGGCUGGACAGGGCGGGUAGUCAAAGCGCCUCAGCCGGGCUGGAAGAGAGAAGAGGUACUGAUGGACAGGACAGUCGUGAUGUUAGGGUAGCGACUGAUGACCUGGCAGAAACACCCCCACGCAGUGACACGCCCAGUGAAGACGCAGCAUCUAUUCCAUUCUCCAGUAGCCCUGAUUCACCCUGUGGAAGAGGGGCAGCAGCGAGCAGGUCUUCUGGGCUCGGGAACGCUCGUGUGCCCCAUGAGGGAGAGGAGAAAGAGGAGGGGACAGUAAUCACACGCUCACCCAGAAGUCAGCGCCUCACACCGGCAGCGCUGCUCUACAGGGCAGCGGUCACACGCAGUCAGAGACGUGGAGUCUCCUCAGAGGAAGAGGAGGGAGAAGUAGACAGUGAGGUGGAAAUGCCAAGGAGACGGCGAACUGUGAGCAUCACCAAGUGUCAGUCCCUCUCGAACUUCAGCUUAGAAAACCUGUCAGUGUCAGAUGGAGAGGAGGGAAACACCACUGAUCACUCCCACAGUGGCACGCCCGACGUAGUCAGCACCAACACAGACGAGCGCCUGGACGACAAAAGUGACGACUUGCUGUCUCAGGGGUCGGAGAUUCCAGCCGACCCAUCUGACCCGACUCAGCUGGGCUCUGACGGGUUGUCAGAAAAAGAAGCUGUUCUACGACAAGUCAAAACACAACUCGCUUCGAGCGAACAUAACUAUGAGGGCCUGUAUGAUGACUCGGACUGUGACAGUGCAGAGUUGGACCACUGCGGUGCAGAACCCAGCCAACCUCCAACCAACUGGUGACAACCCUCAUAUCCACCCAAACAUCUGGCCUCUGCUGAUCCCCUUCACUCAGAAAACCUGUCAAAUUCAGGGCAUUCAACAGGGAAAGGACACAGAUGCUUCACCCAUGGCUUUUCCAUAGAAAUGAGCUAAAGAUCAGCUUUCCAGAGCGUGUCCAUGCCUGAGCAACACAUGUUUCAGUCUAAGAGGCCAAUAACUAGACUCUUUAUCACUGCUUGUUGUCAUAUUUCAUGUAGAUAUUUAAAAUUUUUUCCAUUAUAAAAAUGUGUCAUCUUGAUUGUUUUUUAUAUAAACAUGAUUAGCAUUAUUCAGGGUUUUUUCCAAGUAGCUCAUUCCCCGAUGAAGCUUUUCGCACUUAAGUGUCAUUAAACUUUUGAUACUAUUAUGCACACGUUUUAUUUAUUCUUUGACACUGAACUGAGUGAAAGAUCAAUGUUUACAUCUCAUUUGUGAUUAUUUAUAUUUGGUUUUGUUUUACAUUUUCUACUUUGCUUUAUUGAUAUUAUUGUAAAUAUCAAAUGUAAAAUGAACAUUUUUUAAAUGUGAGAUUGUAUAAUUUAAGGUGCUGAUGUCUCAGUAGGUGGCGCUGUUCUGUUUGACCAUGGGCGAGUUUUUGGUGGUAGAAUGUAACUGUAGCUGCUGUUCAUCAUGUCUGAUCAGAUAGCAGGAAUGCUGCCAAGUAUUCCACAGUAAAACUAAAUCAUUGUUUGAGGGUGUAUAAUAAAUAUAUGUAUAAGCAUGCUUGUAAAAAGGGAUGAAAACUCAAAUUUAAAAUUCUUGGAUAUAGACCAAAAACACUAAUUUUUUGUAACUAAUCAAAACACAAGAACAGAUGUGGCAAAAGAAAAAAGAUUUCUACAACCAACAAUCUAUGACAAAAACAACUCAAAAUAACAGAAGUUCCUUUUGAAAAGAAAACUAUUCCAAAUAUUUGUAGUAUGCCAGUGUAAAUGAAAGAUAAAUAUCUCUUUUUAAUAAACUAACAGCAUUUAACAGCUCUAGUUAUACAUAUUUCUGGCAGUAAUUUACUGUUGGCAGGUAAAUAUAAAAAAACUAAUAAUAAAUGACACUGCUUUAUUUUCACGACAUCGAUAAGGAGGAUAGUUUCUAAUAGAAUUAAGUUUGCACUAACGUUAACCCCUCACCAGCUGAGAUCCCUGAUGGUUUAUUUUUUCAGUCAUGUGAGGGCUUCCUGUGAGACAAACAGAAUGAAACUGGUGCUGAUGUACUCCUUGGAAACUUUUGAUAAUGAGCUUACUAUUCAAUAACCUUUCAGGUGACUCAAUAAGCUAGAAAAGGCAGCUCGUUUUAUUUUACGGUUAUUUAGUCAGGCAUUAAGUGUUUAAGUUUACAUUUGUAGAGCUUUUAUAAACUUUUCAUGGCCCUAAGAUUUGAAGCAAGAAAUCAUCCCAUCAGGGUGAAAUGUUGCCAAGAGACCAAACUACUGCCCUCUAGUGUUUCAGUCAUGGAAGUGUAUGUGUGCUUCCCAGGAUGUGGAUUUAAACUUCACUCAGUUGGACUUUGAGGGCUUUUUAUACAUCAUUAUUGUAAGUGUACAAUAAAUAUAUUUAAGAAACGCUUUAAAAUAAACUUAAAUGUAAAAUGUC